CGGCCCGGCCUCCGUGGUGGGGAGCCGCGCUCCCGGCUCUUCUGCCAGGGCCCCGCCUCUGCGCCCAGGUCAGGUCGCCUCUUAGGAACCCUCCCGGCCUAGACGCUCCGGGCACGGGCGAGGGCCAGCGUGGGGUGGGGGUGGGGUCAGGCCGGUCCACCCGAAAGCCACCCCGCCCCGCUUGGAGGUGCCGGGACCGCUCGGGCGUGUGCUCGCCUGGUCCUGUCCGCCUCAGAGGAGGCCAAGGGCAGGUUCUUUCGUCCGCGCGGCCGCGGCGGCGGGAGCGGGAGCGGGAAGGGGCUGGCCGGAGGCACAGAGCCCGGCCUCCUCUCGGUUCCCGCCUCCCCCGCGGCCCGCACGGCUUCGCAGGGGUUAACGGGGGCGGGGCAAGGCGGAGGGCGGAGCGAGGUGGCCGCCCGUCUCCCCUCCUCCCCCGCCCCGCGAGGCCCGGGCCGGCUGGAGCGCGGAGCCGCUGCCGCCGCCGCCCCCGCCGCCCCUGCCAUGCGGCUCGCGCGCCGGGGGCCUGGGCUCGGGGCGCCCCCAGCGUGCCGCCCCCGCUGAGUCCGCGCCCCUUCCGCCGGGCGCCGCCGGCACCAUGGUGCAGAAGUCGCGCAACGGCGGCGUGUACCCCGGCCAGAGCGGGGAGAAGAAGCUCAAGGUGGGCUUCGUGGGGCUGGACCCCGGCGCGCCCGACAGCACCCGGGAUGGCGCCCUGCUCAUCGCCGGCUCCGAGGCCCCCAAGCGCGGCAGCAUCCUCAGCAAGCCGCGCGCGGGAGGCGCGGGCGCCGGGAAGCCCCCGAAGCGCAACGCCUUCUACCGCAAGCUGCAGAAUUUCCUGUACAACGUGCUGGAGCGGCCGCGCGGCUGGGCCUUCAUCUACCACGCCUACGUGUUCCUGCUGGUCUUCUCCUGCCUCGUGCUCUCCGUGUUCUCAACCAUCAAAGAGUACGAGAAGAGCUCGGAGGGCGCGCUCUACAUCCUGGAAAUUGUGACCAUCGUGGUGUUUGGCGUGGAGUAUUUUGUGCGGAUCUGGGCGGCGGGCUGCUGCUGCCGGUACCGCGGCUGGAGAGGGCGGCUCAAGUUCGCCCGGAAGCCCUUCUGUGUGAUCGACAUCAUGGUGCUUAUUGCCUCCAUCGCCGUGCUGGCCGCCGGCUCCCAAGGCAACGUCUUUGCCACGUCUGCGCUCCGGAGCCUGCGCUUCCUGCAGAUCCUCAGGAUGAUCCGCAUGGACCGGCGUGGCGGCACCUGGAAGCUCCUGGGCUCUGUGGUCUACGCCCAUAGCAAGGAGCUGGUCACCGCCUGGUACAUCGGCUUCCUGUGCCUCAUCCUGGCCUCGUUUCUGGUGUACUUGGCAGAGAAGGGCGAGAACGAUCACUUCGACACCUACGCAGAUGCGCUCUGGUGGGGCCUGAUCACCCUGACAACCAUUGGCUACGGGGACAAGUACCCUCAGACCUGGAACGGGAGGCUCCUGGCGGCCACGUUCACCCUCAUUGGUGUCUCCUUCUUUGCUCUUCCUGCCGGCAUUUUGGGGUCUGGUUUUGCCCUGAAAGUUCAGGAGCAACAUCGGCAGAAGCAUUUUGAGAAGAGGCGAAACCCUGCUGCAGGCCUGAUCCAGUCUGCCUGGAGGUUCUACGCCACCAACCUGUCGCGCACGGACCUGCAUUCCACAUGGCAGUACUACGAGCGCACCGUCACUGUGCCCAUGUACAGCUCGCAAGCUCAAACCUACGGGGCCUCCAGACUGAUCCCACCGCUCAACCAGCUGGAGCUGCUGCGGAACCUCAAGAGUAAAUCCGGACUCACGUUCAGGAAGGAGCCACAGCCGGAGCCGUCCCCCAGUAAAGGCAGAACGUGCAGAGAGGGCCUGUGUGGAUGCUGCCCUGGACACUCUAGCCAGAAGGUCAGUUUGAAAGACCGUGUCUUCUCCAGCCCCCGAGGUGUGGCUGCCAAGGGGAAGGGGUCCCCACAAGCCCAGCCUGUCAGGCGGUCGCCCAGCGCCGACCAGAGCCUGGAGGACAGUCCGAGCAAAGUGCCCAAGAGCUGGAGCUUCGGGGACCGCAGCCGUGCGCGGCAGGCCUUCCGGGUCAAGGGCGCCGCGUCUCGGCAGAACUCGGAAGAAGCAAGUCUCCCCGGGGAGGACAUCGUGGAUGACAACAAGAGCUGUAACUGCGAGUUUGUGACCGAGGACCUGACCCCGGGCCUCAAAGUCAGCAUCCGGGCCGUAUGUGUCAUGAGGUUCCUGGUGUCCAAGCGGAAGUUCAAGGAGAGCUUGCGGCCCUACGACGUGAUGGACGUGAUCGAGCAGUACUCGGCCGGCCACCUGGACAUGCUGUCCCGCAUCAAAAACCUGCAGUCCAGGAUAGAUAUGAUUGUGGGCCCCCCACCCCCUUCAACUCCCCGGCACAAGAAGUACCCCACCAAAGGACCCACGGCCCCUCCGAGAGAGUCACCCCAGUACUCGCCUAGAGUGGACCAGAUUGUGGGGCGGGGCCCGGCGAUGACAGACAAGGACCGUACCAAGGGCCCGGCCGAAGCGGAGCUGCCGGAGGACCCCAGCAUGAUGGGCCGGCUGGGCAAGGUGGAGAAGCAGGUCCUGUCCAUGGAGAAGAAGCUGGACUUCCUGGUCAGCAUCUACACGCAGCGCAUGGGGAUCCCACCCUCAGAGACUGAGGCAUACUUUGGGGCCAAGGAGCCCGAGCCGGCACCGCCGUACCACAGCCCCGAGGACAGCCGCGAUCAGGGGGACCGCAGUGGCUGCAUCGUCAAGCUCAUCCGCUCCACCAGCUCCAUUGGCCACAAGAAUUUCUCAGCGCCCCCGGCUGUGCCCUCCACUCAGUGUCCACCCUCUACUUCGUGGCAGCCUCAGGGCCAUCCGCGCCAGGGCCACGGUGCCUCGCCCGUGGGGGACCACGGCCCGCUGGUGCGCAUCCCGCCACCUCCCACCCAUGAGCGCUCGCUGUCUGCCUACAACGGGGGCAGCCGGGCUGGCACGGAGUUCCUGCGGCACGAGGACACGCCAGCCAGCAGGCCCCCCGAGGGCGCGCUGCGAGACAGCGACACGUCCAUCUCCAUCCCGUCCGUGGACCACGAGGAGCUGGAGCGCUCCUUCAGCGGCUUCAGCAUCUCCCAGUCCAAGGAGAACCUGGACGGCCUCAACAGCUGCUACGCGGCGGUGGCCCCCUGUGCCAAAGUCAGACCCUACAUCGCCGAGGGCGAGUCGGACACGGACUCGGACCUGUGCACCCCGUGCGGGCCACCGCCCCGCUCGACCACGGGCGAGGGCCCCUUUGGUGACCUGGGCUGGGCUGGGCCCCGGAAAUGAGGCCCCACCCGCUUUUCCCUGACUCUUGGCCUUGAGGUUUCAAGGCGGGACCCUCCGGUGCCCAUGCCUGAUGCGGUGGCGGGCAGUGGGGGCGCCUCAGUCUUCACGGUGAAGGUUAACGAAAGUCCUUUUCCAACAAUGGGCACCGGGCUGCUGUGCCCACUCUGUAGACCGCCGGCCCAGGUGUGAGAGGGUGGGUGAUGCAGAGGACAGGUCCCUGGCAGAGGCUGGAGGUGUGGAGUCAGGGAGCAGGGCCAGAGUGAGGGUGCCCAGUGCGGGACAGGCCUGUCCCCCUGAGGGUGUGUCCAUGUGCACGGCUGGGAGGAUGCCCCUUGCCUCCCGUGCCCAUCCACUGUGCUCUGAGUGUCCUGUGUGGGAGCCAGCCCUGCGUCCAGGGCCCUGGCCGGAGAGGAGGGGCGAGGCCUCAGGACACACAGGAGCAUGGGGACCUCUGUGCUCCACAGGCUCCUGGCAGAAGGUCCUUGGGGGCUUUCCCGGCCACAGGAGACCUGGGGGGUGGGCACCCCCUUGUCCUCUGUGCUCUGCCCUGUCCGGGUGCUGGUCAGCAGGCUGCGGCCAGCAAAUUCACGGAGACCUGCUUGUGGGCAGUGGUGCUGGGCAGGUGGGUGCCACACUGGGGCUGGGGGCUGUGGUGAGCAGGCUUCCUGCUGCCCUUUGCAGGGGCGCUGCUUCACCUGUCCCCACGGGAGCCCUGACCGGACCCAGGGCUGGAAGGGGGUAUAGUCACUGGCAAAAGCUGUCCAAGUCCCCACGCGACAUUAGACAAAGGCAGCUUGCUAUAGGUUCUCUUCUGUCCCCGCUGGAGCCGCCCGCCCGGCCCGCUAGUCUCUGCGGCUGGUCCCUUGGCUGUGGCCUGCUGGUGUCUUGAGAGAAAGGACACCGUCCCCACCCUGGGCCCCCACUCUUGUGGGCACCUGGCCCGGGGAGCAGCAGCUUUGAGCCGGGAGCCCAAAGGCGGCGGUGGGCCCCCAGCAGGCAGUGCGGGGCACCUGGCAUUUGGGGUGAUGGACCGCAAGCCUGGCACCUGGCACCCUGAGGCAGUGACCCCAUGGGUGCAGGGCUGAGCCCAGCUAAGGCCACCAGGUAGCGACUGCCCCGAACGCUGGGUCCAGGGAGAGCUGGGCUGUCUCCUCACCCAUGUGAGCCCACACUGGCUGGGGGUCUCUGAGGCGGCAGCAGGUGGGGCUCGGGCCACGGCUCUGUGUGGGGAACAGCCUCCUCAGGGCCCCCAGGCUCAGUGCUGACAGCACAUGUGCCCUCGGUGCCCGCCCACAGUGGGGCCCCACUUCGGAGAAGCCUUGUGCACUGUCUUGGGUGUGCGUGUGCCAAGACAGGAGUGUGGCUGACACCCCACACCUGUGCUCAAUCACAGGCUCACACAUGGGCACACACACCACACACACACUCACACAUUCAGAAAUUGCACGGGCACACCCAUGCACACACACACACACACACACACACCACUUAAGCAUACAUACGUGAUACACCUCACACAAUGCACAUGCGCACACACAUGCAUGCCUCACACACAUGCGCAGGUGCACACGAACACAGCCAUGCACAUGCGUGCCCUCAUGCACACACGCACACAUCGCAUUCUGACCGGGCAGUCCCUUGGCCUCUGGCUGCUUUCUGGCACGAGGACUCGGGACUCGGGGAGCCACAGUGGCUCUGCCACCCGGGCCCCUGGGCAGAAGUGGCAGAAGGUGCCCUGGAGCCAUGCAGGGCCCCACGCUGUCCUCCCCUUGGCACGGCAGUAGCUGUCCAGAGUGGUUGGGUGGCCAAUGGCCAGGGACAGCCUGGGCUGGGCCAGGGAGGGCCCGGCACCUGUGGGGUGUCCGGAUGUGAUGCUGGGGCUCUGGCCGGCUCCUUGGGCCCCUUGGUCAGUGGCCUGGCCUCAUCACCACCGAGCAGGGGGCUGCCCUCUCCCUUUGUUGGCCUACCGUCUCCCUCCUCUGUCCCUGUGCAAUCAUAAGCCACACUCGUGCUGGGCCACCUGGGAGGACGGAGGGACCAGCCAGGUGGCAGAGGGCUCCCUCCCGGCCUGCCCACCGGCCUGUCCCCACACUUGCCUGCUCAGCAACACCAUCCGUCCCGCUCCAGGACCCCGUGCUGCGAGGGCUGCUCCGGGGGCCAGCUGCCUCCAGUCACCACGGCUGAGCCCAGAGCUGCCGCCAGCCAGGCAGCGUCACGCAUCUCCAGUGUGUUAACUUAUUAACCCGCCUCUCCCUCACUAGGCUGUCCCCUCCCCUGGCCGUGGAUUUGAGAUGUGAACAUGGGAGAGGGGUCAUCCUCUCUGUGGCCCCCACAUUCAGGUCCCCACCCGCUGUUCUCGGAAAGAAGUCUGUGCGAGGCAUUGCACAUGCUUUCUGAAGCCCAGAGGCGCUGCUGCUGGUGCUCUGGGGCCUCUGUAGAAACACUGGUGUUUGUAUCUAUUUCACUUUCGCCCCGAAUUGUAAAUAAUGUACAGAUGAUCCUCAGCUGCCCUCUGGGGUGGCGCAGACCUGCCUUGGUGAUCUCCAGGCCGCCCCCCUUAUAUACUGACGUGGGUGUGAGGCAGGAAGGCUGGGGGCCCGGCAGUGCUGCCUGCUUCCAGAGCCCGGGGAGCCUGUGUGGCUGUCCCCAGCGGCAGCCUCCACUUGGGCCCCCACCAAGGACAAAACAGAAACAACCAAGGAGGGCUUCCUGCAGGAAGCAGUGUGGUGCAAUCAGGGCUGCGCCUCUCCUUUCAGGGGCCUGGGAGAGCCAGCAGCCCAGGGCAGGACACUGUGGCCCCUGGAGGAGGCAGAGCCCUGAGCGGCGGGGCUGCCCGCUGACCCAGAAGGCUGCUCUGCUGGGGGCGGGGCUUUAGGACACAGGGUAAAGGG